AUGACUACCCAGGACGCUUUAGAUCACCAACAUCACCACUUAGGCGGCUCACAAACGCCACAUGACAUCUCAAACUCUGCAAACUCAACUCCAACUAACGUAUCCUCGAAAUCAGCCUUCAUAGAAUUACAGCAGCACGGUUAUGGUCCUUUCAAAGGGGGGUAUCAGCACCCCCAUCAUUUCGGUAGCCCGGGGGGUCAGCAGAAUCCCCAUGAGGCAUCAGGGUUUCCAAGUCCUAGGUCAUUAGGGUAUCCCUUCCCUCCUAUGCACCAAAACACCUAUGGCUAUCAUUUAGGAUCCUAUGCCCCCCAAUGCGCCAGUCCGCCUAAAGAUGAAAAAUGCGGUUUAUCGGACGACCCUGGUUUAAGAGUGAACGGGAAAGGGAAGAAAAUGAGAAAACCAAGGACUAUAUACAGCAGUCUGCAGCUGCAACAAUUGAAUAGGAGGUUCCAACGAACGCAGUACCUCGCCCUGCCAGAGAGGGCAGAGCUUGCUGCCAGUUUAGGCCUAACGCAGACACAGAUUAAACGGUUAAUUGAUAUGGACGCCAGCUUUUAG